AUGUUUCUCAAUGGAUUGUAUACUGAUGGCUACACGUACAGAGUUCUAUUUGCUAGAAAAGUGCUUCCGCCAUCACCAGAAGACAAUAUCUGUCUAGAGUUGAACGAUUUUACAAGCGAAGAGGUGGACAAGUAUUUCCGUCCAUGUACUGUAGACCCAUGAAGAUGGGAUCCUUUUGUCUCUUAUUAUGGUGACCACUGACAUAUGUCGCUUAUCCUCAAUCGAAUAUUACAAUAUGGGUGGAAGUGUAAGACGAAUGAAAGAGCAACAGAAGCGCAAACAGAGACUAGGUAUUGAAAAGAUUGAAACAGACAUUCCUUCGCCUAAAACUGCGUCUGUUUAACAAUUUGUUUUGUACAUAACUUACAUGCUGCAGCACAUGAAUACUUUGCUUAAUUUUUACGGCUUUGAAACUUCAAAGAUUAAAUGGUUGAACUACCUUAGUUCCCAAAAAGCCAUCCAAGAAAGUGUCAACAUCUUAAUAAAUGGUGGAAAGAAGUAUAAUAAAAGCAGGAGAAAGAAGACAAAGGAAAACAGAAAAAGAAGGAAGAAAACUCGCAAGCCUCGUACUGCUUAAGAAGAAAGAGCACUCACCACCAUCCCAAAAUCAAAAAGGUAUACACUUUUAUUAUUAUUAUUAUUUCAGUAAACUCGAACUAUUAUAUCUGUAACUUAUAGCAGAAACAACAAAGUCUGUUUUGGAAAGGGAAACAGCAGCAAGAUGCCUCUGGUGGUCUUUGGUGACGGACUAGGAUCAUAACAAGUUCAAAGGUCUCCGUCAUGGCGUAUCUAACAAAAUAUAUCAACAAUUAAAAAACAAGACAAAGGCUUGGAGAACUCUUGCUACUAGACAUCAACGAAUUUAAUAUAUC